AUGAAUGCCAGUGAUCCUGCCGAAGUGAGUGAGAUUGCCAAAUCCAAGGCAAUCUCCCACGACAUCAGUGCCGAUGAGAAAGUCCCAGUGGUUGAUGACCUGACCAUCGACAAUGCCCCUCCCGUGAGAGAAGUCUCAAUCGAAGGAGACGACUAUGCUUUGGAAAAGACCACUCCUACAGAUGAGGAACUGGCCACUUUGCGUCGUGUUGCGGGUAAGCUGCCCGCAGCAGCAUACAGUGUUGCCUUUGUGGAACUGUGCGAGCGUUUUUCGUACUACGGUACCACUGCUGUUUUCGUCAACUUCAUUCAGCGACCUUUACCCGAUCAAUCCACCACCGGUGCCCUUGUUCCAGGUGUCUCUGACUGGAGCAAUGAAUCGCCUGGAGCUCUAGGUAUGGGCCAACAGGCCUCUACCGGAUUGACAUUGUUUAACUCUUUCUGGUCCUACAUCAUGCCCCUCUUUGGUGCCAUAGUUGCUGAUCAAUAUUGGGGUCGUUACCGCACCAUCAUGUCCGCAAUUGCCUGUGCACUCGUUGGACACGUCAUUCUCAUCGUUUCCGCCAUUCCCCAGGUUAUUGAAAAUCAAAAAGGAGCCGCUGCAUGCUUCUCUAUCGGUCUUGUCAUUAUGGGUCCUUAUGUCACAACACUUGCUAGCGGCGAGCGUGUCAUCGUUGACCCAGCUGCCACGGUUGCUCGCAUCUACCUGUACUUCUACAUGAUGAUCAACAUUGGUUCCUUUGUGGGUCAGGUCGCAAUGGUCUACGCCGAGCGAUACGUUGGUUUCUGGCUCUCUUAUCUUCUGCCCACCGCCAUGUUCUGUCUCUGCCUGCGUGGAUCGAUCUACGGCAAGGCUUUGAAGGUGUGGGGUUUGGCGCUGAAGGGCAACUGGAGUCUAAACCCCGUGCGAUGGUUCCAAAAAUCUGAUAAGGAUAUUUGGGCCGCCGCCAAGCCCAGCCACUUCGGGGACAACAAACCCGCCUGGAUGGACUUCGAUGAUGCCUGGGUGGAUGAAGUUCGACGAGGACUGAUGGCCUGCAGAGUGUUCUUGUGGUACCCCCUUUACUGGCUCGCCUACAACCAGAUGUUGAACAACCUGACAUCUCAAGCGGCCACCAUGAAACUUGGAGGUGUUCCCAACGACAUCAUCAACAACCUCAACCCCAUUUCACUGAUCAUCUUCAUUCCCAUCUUCGACCACAUCAUUUACCCUGGUAUUCGCAAGAUGGGUUUCCACUUCACCCCUUUGAAGCGUAUCACGGCCGGUUUCAUUAUGGCCGCCCUCAGUAUGGUCGUUGCCGCGGUCACCCAACACUACAUCUACAAGCUGGGACCUUGCGGCAGCAAUGCCAACUACUGCAUAGAGGAGGAGCAGAAAUACACCAAUAUCUCCGUUUGGGUUCAGGCCCUAACCUACAUCAUGGGUGGUAUUUCCGAGAUCCUUGCAUCUGUGACUUCCCUUGAGUAUGCCUACACCAAGGCCCCGAAGAACAUGCGCUCCCUCGUGCAGGCUGUGGCGCUGUUGAUGAACGCCUUCUCGUCUGCCAUUGGUCAGGCUUUCAUUGGUCUGGCUAAAGACCCUCUGUUGGUUUGGAACUACACGGUGGUUGCUAUCCUUGCCUUCGUGGGCGGUGUUGGAUUCUGGGCCACCAAUUACAAGUUGGACGCAGAGGAAGAUGCCAUGAACAUGUUGCCAGACAGCCACUUCACUCCCCAUGCGGCUGUGGAUGAGGAGCGGAAGUGA